AAGGUGUUACAUACGAAGAGCAUGAGCCUGCCUCCCCAGCCCCACCUGCAUUUCAGAUCUCUUGUGACAUCAUUCACACAGAAUCCCACCACUAUGAUGCCAUCUGCAUGAAGUCCUCAACAGACUUGAGCAGAAGCAGAUACCCAGCCUGAGGACCUCCAGAACUCUCUCUACUCUGAUGGAUUGGCUCUGUCAGAAGAAACGCCACUAAAUUCAGGCUGAAUGCAACCAACUCAAAGGGAGGCAAAGACCUGCAGUGUCUCCUGCCUACCUCGCUUUGCUCUCAUGGCUGUGGCUGAGGUCCUGCUGCAUGGGAGGUUCACUGUCCUGAAACUCUGGCUGGGAGUGGGUCUCUUUCUUUCUGGAUGGCUCCACAUUGGGCACUCUCAACAGCACAAGCACUCAGAAGUGGUAAUACCCUUGAGGUUAACUGGCACUGGGAAAGGUAUGAAGACUCCAGGCUGGCUCUCCUAUAGCCUGCACAUUGAAGGGCAGAGACACAUUAUCCACAUGAAGGUCAGAAAGCUUUUGUCAUUCAGACACUUCCCUGUGUUCACCUACACAGACGAGGGAGCUCCCCAUGAAGAUCAGCCUUUUAUCCAGGAUGACUGCCACUAUCAGGGUUAUGUGGAAGGACAGCCAGAAUCCACUGUUGCUCUUAGCUCCUGUUUUGGGGGCUUGCAAGGAAUGCUACAGAUAAAUGGCAUUUUGUAUGAAAUCAAGCCCAAAAAGUUUUCUACCACACAUGAACAUCUGAUUCAUAGACGACAUUACAUUGAGACAGAAUUCCAGUCUACGGAAUGGCAAUCAGCAGAAGAGAUAGCAGAGCAACUAGGGUUUCAAGACAGUAAGAAUCGCCCUCUUAUGCAAGAAAACUAUGAGGGGAUGUGGACCCACAGAUGGAAUUUAGAAUAUGCAGUGGUUCAAGACCAUCCACGAUUCCUUUUCCGGAAUGGCAAUGUCACACAGAUGAUACAGGAUGCAUUAGUCGUGAUGAAUGAACUAAAUUCUGUUUUUGAUAAAAUUGAUGUGUUUAUUGCUUUAGUUGGAUUGGAGAUUUGGAAUGAACAAAACUUCCUGCCAAAUUACACAUCUAUGAGUAGAAUACUAAAUGAUUUUUGCAAUUGGAAGAUGAUGAAUUUGGAUGCCCGAAUGCCACAUGAUAUUGCCCAUAUUUGGGUGUAUUAUAAGACUUGGCUGAAUGCUGAUUCAAAGGCGGGAAGUGUAUGCAAACAGAAUAGCUGUUCAGCCACUAAAUUUUUAUUAGAUGAGGACUUACUUGAUUUUGUACUUAUUGUGGCACAUGAGAUUGGUCAUAAUUUGAAUUUCCCACAUGAUACAGGGAAAUGUACAUGUGGGAGGCCCACAUGUGUAAUGUCUCCAACUGAUCGUGUGACAGAAGCAUUUAGCAACUGUAGUAUUAAUUCUUUAUUAAUAAUUAUGCAACAAACAACCUGUAUGCGCAACACACCACAUCGCGCAAAAUACAUAUGUGGGGACGGUAUGGUUGAUGGAAACGAGCAGUGUGACUGUGGAACCUAUAAGCAGUGUGAACAAGAUGCCUGUUGUUUUACAAACUGUACUCUGAAACCUGGGGCUGUCUGUGCUUCUGGGCUUUGUUGCAAGGACUGCCAGUUCAGGGAAAUAGGGGAAAUGUGUAGAAAACAGGAAAAUGAAUGUGAUCUUCCAGAGUGGUGCAACGGAACAUCAGCGGAGUGUCCAGAAGAUGUCUACAUACGAAAUGGACAGACUUGCAUGGGAACUAGCCACUGCUACAACAAAAGUUGCCCUUCCCGGGAGAGGCAGUGCAAACAAAUUUUUGGCGAGGAAGCCACGAAUGCAAAGCAGGUGUGCUACAGUGAAAUGAAUACCCGUGGUGAUCGUUUUGGUAAUUGUGGUAAUGAUACCGUAUCAUAUACAGCAUGUGAUACUACAGAUGUUAUGUGUGGGAGAAUUCAGUGUGACACUGUGAAAACAAUCAGCAUGAAUGAAGACCAUACUUCUGUGCAUUGGAUUAACAUCAAUGGCACUUCUUGUUGGGGCACUGACUACCACUUCGGGAUGACCAUAGCUGACACUGGUGAUGUGAAAGAUGGUACAGAGUGUGAUGUAAACUCUAUAUGUGUCAACAGGAAGUGCACCUUUGUGUUACCUCCAGUAUAUACUUGUUCACCUAAAUUCUGCCAUGAGCAUGGAGUCUGUAACAGCAAAGACCACUGCCACUGUGACUCUAAGUGGGACCCACCCACCUGUGAAGAAGAAGGUAUAGGAGGUAGUAUUGACAGUGGACCCCCUGGUAAAAAAAGAAAACGCAAAAAACAAAAAAGAAGCGCCCUUUAUAUUUGGCUACUUAUUUUGUUGAUUUUAUUAUUGCUUUUGCUUUUAUGUAUGUUGUGUUUCCUUUGCAAGAAGAAGAAGAAAUCCUCUGAGGAAAAAGAGAAAACUGCUCCUCCACCUGAGGGAACCCCUGGAGCUGCUCCUCCACCCCCAGAAACGCCUGGAGCUGAAGCUCCACCCCCGGAAACGCCUGGAGCUGCUCCUCCACCCGCGGAAACGCCUGGAGCUGCGCCUCCACCCGCGGAAACCACUGGAGCUGCUCCUCCACCCGCGGAAACGCCUGGAGCUGCUCCUCCACCCACGGAAACGCCUGGAGCUGCUCCUCCACCUGCAGAAACACCUGGAGCUGCAGCUCCACCCCCGGGAGAACCAGGUGCUGGACCACCACCCGAGGGAGCGCAGAGUGUUUCAGCUCCACCUUAAGGAGAGUAGAAUCUCUUAAUUCUCCUAAGAUGAAAGGGGGAAGAUUCACACUUACUGAAAAUAACCCCGACCUUUGGAAUUUCCCUUACAUUUGUUUUUUCUGUUGUCCUGGCAGUAGAAAUGUCAUUGCAUGUGGCAGAAAGACUUGAAAAACCUUUAAAACCCACUAUGUCAUCUCAAUCAUAAAUGAAACCUAAUAAAUGAAGGUGAAGUCCUAGUAUAUUCAUACUUCUCAUUGCUUUAAGAAAUUUUGAAGGCUUAUUUUCCAUGGAAUUAGUCUCUUUGUUUCUCCUGACCAAAGGCAGUGACCAAGAUGGGGUGGGUCGGGGUUCAUUUUCUGUCUUGGUAUUCCAAACCUCUUUCCUGUUUGGCCUCCUGCGUGUUUUGCCACACGAGGGAUGGGAAAUGAUGACUGGCAUUUCUUCUUGGCCAGACCCCCAUUGGUUUCUGCCUAUAAAGUACAAGCUAGACGGGUACUAUAAACCUGUUUCAGUGUUGUCUCAGUACCAGCUUUCUCCAUGGUUACAGCCGUAGCCUUCACUCAGGAAAUUAACACUACGUAUAGACAUAUUUAGUAGCUUCCAGAACCUGCAUUAGUGUAAGCCCCAGGUAUCCUAGGAGUCACCAAAGAGCACGUCCUAAGGAUUGAGUCGCAGGUCUCUGAGCCCCUGCCAAAUUCCAAAGGUCCCACCAUCAAGCUGGCUGUACUCAAUUCCCAAGCAGUAGGUUCAAACAACCCCAACCACUUCCCAUUGAACUCCAGUGAUCACUACACCUGCUAGUUAGAUUGCCAGUGCUUCUCGUAGUAAUGAAAGUUCUCAUUUUGUGGUUGAUCUCUGAUGGAUACAAAACUCACCAAGGUAUAGUGAAGAGGACAGGGAGGAACCAGACAGCAGGAAGAUCUAAUUUUUCUCACCACUGGACUUUACCGUCAUCGGGAAUGAUGUAAACAGACAUAAAACAUCUUCAGAACCUAUAAACAGAGGAUAAGGGCAUUUGCCAGCCAACCCCUUUGCAACACAGAUUAUAAAGCAGGAUAAGAAGAUGUUUAGCAUUCUGUGUAGGAUACUAAUAAGCCUUAGAUAACAAUAUUUCCCCUCAGGUGGGGGAAACUAGAAAUCCCAAUUAAACUUUAGUAAACAUAUUUUAAAAGUUUCAGAGAGCUCUGGAAGCAAGGAGAACUAGAUGAACUAAAACUUUUCAUGGAAAACAACUUUAAAAAAAGCUGAGUAUGGACAGCCCUUUUUCCUUGGGACAUGCGCUGAUGCUGGAUGUACCUGAGGUUGAGGCCUGGCCUGAAAAAGGAUCUCUGCUGAGAGAAAGGGAAAGCACAGAUCUUCUUAGUUGCUGCACAGGAAAAGGUUCAUGAAGUAGACCUUUUGAGGGCUUCGAUAUAGGAUCGUGUUUCCUCAAAACACAUUAGCUGUGUUUUGAGAGCCAGAGCUGUGUCGUAGCGGGAAAAGCCACUGCCUGCAGUACCAGCAUCCCAAUUGGGCACUGGUUCAAUCCUGGCUAUUCCACUUCCAAUCCAGCGCUCUGCUAUGGCCUGGGAAAGCAGUGGAAGAUGGCCACAGUGCUUGGGCCCCUGCACAAGUGUGGGAGACCUGGAAAAAGAUCCUGGUACCUGGCUUCAGAUCGGGGCAGCCUCCAGCCAUUGUGGCCAGUUUGGGAGUGAACCAGCAUAUGGAUGACCUCUCUCUCUCUGUUUUCCUUCUCUCUCUGUGUAACUCUGACUUUCAAAUAAAUAAAUAAUUUUAAAAUUAGCUGAACUCGUGGGCUUUGCGAGAGCCCCAAAUGAUAACCUGCAAUUUUUAAAAAAAGAUUAUUUAUUUUACAUGAAAGUUAUAGUUACACAGAGAGAGAAGGAGAGGCAGAGAGAGAGAAUCUUCCAUACGCUGGUUCACUCCCCAAUUGGCUGCAAUGGCUAGAGCUGCACCAAUCUGAAGCCAGGAGCCAGAGCUUCUUCCAGGUCUCCCACACUUGUGCAGGGGCCCAAGCACUGUGGCCAUCUUCCACUGCUUUCUCAGGUCAUAGCAGAGAGCUGGAUUGGAAGUAGAGCAACGGGGACUCAAAAGGACACCCUUAAGGGAUGCUGGCACUGAAGGUGGUGGCUUUACCCAUUACGCCACAGCGCCGGCCCAACCUGUAAUUUCUAAGAGGCAUAGUUUUCUAAAAUCAUGUCAUACCUGAGACACAAGACAUAGUAAAAGAGGGUUUGUUCCAUUCAGAGGCUUUACUUGGGGUCAGCACUGUGGCUUUGUAGACUAGGCCUCCAUCUGGGCGCCGACAUCCCACAUGGGUGCCAAUCUGUGAGCUGCCUGCUCCUCUUCCAGUGAAGCUCUCAGCUCACGGCUGGGAAAGCAGUGGAAAACGGCACAACCUCGUAGGCCCCUCUACUCACGUGGGGGACCUGGAGGAAGCUCCUGGCACCUGGCUUCACGGUGGUCCUAGCUCUUGCUAUUGUGGCCAUUUGGAAAUUGGAUGACUUUUCUAUCUGUCUCUCCUUCUGUCAGUAAAUCUUCCUCUCAAAUAAAUAAAAAUCGAAAAUAGCAAAGAUCCUUGGAUGGACACUUAGCUACAAGUUAGGUAUCCAGUUUU